CUACUUUGAAAACCACAAGAUGAGGGUGUCCCUGGCUGCACAGACACUGAGUCGCUCCGUGUCAGUGGCUCUCCGCACAAUGAGGGAUCUUGGGUACUCUCAGUUUAAGGACUGUGAGGCAACAGCACAAUUCAUUGAGGUAAUACAAUUAGUGAUUAUAGAUCCAAGUACAUAUUUUUAUAUUUAUUUUUUUAUAAUUCAUCGGAGUGGUAAACCUGUGAAAUUUGCUGUAGUACAAAGCAUACCUAUGGAAAGGAAGUCAAGUAAAUAUUAAUACUUGCAUGUUUACUCAUUGAGCAUAAAGUUUAGAAAUAUGUACUGUAUUCUCUGUAUAUUUUGAAUAGAUGAGUAUUGAUUUCUAAUGAGAUAUUUUAUCUGAUACCUAAUGAAACCAAGUAAUGAUAUUGAUUUUAAGUACCGAUAUUUCUAUAUAGAUUAUUGACAGGCUGUUUGAUACAAUGAAUGGACGCAAUCCUCGUGCCAAAGGAUUCAAAGCUCCCUUGGGUGCUUUGAAUUGGAUGGACAGGAAAGAAUUUUUGUCAAGAGCCAGGGAGUACUUGCUCACUUUGGUAACAAGAGAUGGAACACCGCUUCACCGAUCUAAGAGGUCUAUUAUAAUGGUGCUUGUUAAGUUCAUGACAUGAGUUCAAUGACAUUGUUCCUACAAACAUCGCGUUCCUAAGAUGCUCCGUUGUUCCGUUAUGCAUCGAGUUCCUAAGAUGCUCCUAACUGCUUCAGUUUUGUUUGUGCCUGAAUUGUCUUGUUUUUUUAUUGGUGUGUUUUUCAGGUUCUAGAUGCUUCUAAAUGGUAUGUAUUACACAACAUCAACUUUAUGCAGGUGUCAGAAAGAUGGUAUGUAUGUUGAUAUGAUGUUCUCUUGUUUAAAUGUUUUUUUAAUGCAGUUUUGUUUCUGUUGGAAUUAUCUUGUAUUCAGUGUGUUUCAGGUACUAGAUGUUUCUAAAUGGUAUGCAUUACACAACAUCAAUUACAUGUAGGGUAGGGCAAAAUGGUAGGUAUUGCAUGUGUUGUUCUUAAGUUCUCCCAGUUCUGCAAUUACAUUGUUACAAGAUAUUGUUCCAUUGUCUACAAGUAUACUAUAUAGUUAAACAAGAAACUGAUCCCAUUCCUAAUAUAUCCACCCUAGUAGCUGUUUCACAUGGAGCUUUCUUGGGGUGUCUUCUUUCGCCAUGAUCUUGGUACUUGUCGAUCAUUGGAUUUGUCAUCAAUAUCGACACGUUGAUCAGCCAGGAUCAUUUAGAGCUCCUAUUUAAUUCAAUCAGAGCCUCAGGCGGCUGGAAUAACAAUCCAUCGGCAUGCCAGUUCCAGGCAAUCUUCCGCCGUCUGAUGGUUCAGUGUGGUGUCUCACCUGGUGAGACAGGCAAUGUGACAGCCCAAGAUCACACUGUGUCCCUGUCUGCUGUGGAGAUGUCCUCUGCUGAAACUGCUGAAGAGCACCCAUCUCCAUUCGCCAACAUUCCGGCCCUUGUGUGUGACCACAGUUAUCUUCCCACUCGGUUUGGAGGUCUGGUGGAAAAUGCUCUGGUCUACAUAGCAGAGUUUGUAGUCCGGCAGAUUCUUCGAAAGCUGUCCUGUGAUGUGUGCCGUGCAAGCUUGGUCAGAGAUGUUAGACCAGCUUCAUUUGACAAGAACUACCACCUUCUAACCCUGAAAAACAACGGUGGCCUAGUGAUUCCAUCACAGGGCACAGUGAAGGUGCUGAGAGCUGCAGAGAGGGUGAUCCGCCGAGCUUCAACAAUACAAGCUCCUAAGGUGUCAACAGUCACGCACAUUGUGCGGGAGGAGAUUGGAACAGAGGAUGUUUUCCUUCUUGGGGAGCACAUUGACGAGACCCAGUUUGGCAUCGACAACCAUCAGUCUGACUUGUUGUCAUUGGUUGUGUCUGUGUUUUUAAAGAUAAGGCUCCACCAUGUUGCCAAACUCGCCUCUCUUGAACUACAGAAAGGGAGCACGAGAAAGAAGCUCUGCAAAACAGUCCUCUUUCAGGGGCUUUAGUGUGUUUGUGUUUGUGUGUGAGAGCGAGUGUGUGUGUGUGAGAGCGAGUGUGUGUGUGUGUGUGUGUGUGAGAGCGAGUGUGUGUGUGUGUGAGAGCGAAGGUGUGUGUGAGAGCGAGUGGGUGUGUGUGUGUGUGUGUGUGUGUGUGUGUGAAAGCGAGUGUGUGUGUGUGAGAGCGUGUGUGAGAGCGAGUGUGUGUGAGAGCGAGUGUAAGAGCGAGUGUGUGUGUGUGUGAGUGUGUGAGAGCGAGCGAGUGUGUGUGUGUGUGUGUGUGUGUGUGUGAAAGCGAGUGUGUGUGUGUGUGUGUGUGUGAGAGCGAGUGUGUGUGUGUGUGUGAGCGAGUGUGUGUGUGUGUGUGUGUGUGAGUGAGAGAGAGUGUGUGUGUGAGAGAGAGAGAGAGAGUGUGUGAGAGAGAGAAUGUGUGAGGGAGAGAUAGUGUGUGUUUGUGUGUGUGAGACAAAUCAUAAUAAAUUGUUUCUUAAACUUAUUAAAAUACCUUACUUUACUGUAACUAUCUGUUUUGCUUCUUUAUCAUAUUUAUAGUGUGUGAUUUAUAAAAUACCUUAUAUCCUACAUCACAUAUUUUGAUUUUGGACGUCUGGUCACUUUAUAUCUCAUAUCAGAAUGUUAUAUUACUGUUAAGUAUAUUAAAUGAAUAUUAAUUCCUGCUAUGAAUAUUAAAAUAUGCCGAACCAUGUGUC